CAGGUGCGGGGAACAGCCGUCCAGAGUGGCCGCACCACCCCAACACUUGCAUGUGCAGUUUCACUAGAGUUUUAAAAAUAAAGAUCUGGCCUGAAUGAAGAAAAAAAAUAUUUAUUAAGUAUCUUAUUCAGUAUCUUCCAGGGGCUGGUUGCUUUUUAAAGGGAGCGGUCUUACUCCUGGUGUGUUGGGAGCCCAGGGCCUCCUCUUAGAGCUGUCUCACACCCUCAGCUCCUUGAGCCACAGCUGGGACACCUUGGGGUGGGGUGCUCUCCUAGCCUCAUGCCCCCAUCUCUGUUGGCUGACACCGGACCUGACUUCUAAGUGGGGGCGGGAGUGCUCAUGGGCAGCCAUCCUUCCUCCUCUUAGCUAGUCCAGAGUCCUGCAUCCCAGCUCACCGGGAGGGUUGGCCUGCUGUGAGCUUCUAGGAACUACUUCCUGGAGCCUUUCCUGCUGUCGCGAUGCCAUCCGGCUCUGUCUCUCCGAGUACUCUGUGUCCCUGCAGGUUAUUUACUGCAGCCUAGGAGGAGAUUCCCCCUAAAGGACUCAAAGCGUCUGAUGCAGUGGUUGAAGGCUGUUCAGAGGGAUAACUGGACCCCCACUAAGUAUUCUUUCCUCUGCAGUGAGCACUUCACCAAAGACAGCUUCUCCAAGAGACUGGAGGACCAGCACCGCCUGCUCAAGCCCACGGCUGUGCCGUCCAUCUUCCACCUGGCGGAGAAGAAAAGGGGGGCUGGAGGCCAUGGCCGCCCCCGGAGAAGGGACACCGGGAAGGCCUCGGCGGGUCUAAGGGCACAGGCGAGUGACACCGCGGACGGGAAGGCAGCUGCAGGGUCACCGUCGUCCUCAAGUGCAAACCCAAUGGCCAAGCCGGAGCCCCGCAAGCUGAAGCGGGCCCUGCCGCAGGGCCGAAGCGCGACCAGGGCCUCCCGGGAGGCUGCUGGUCAGGAGCGGGUGCGGCAGCCUCCGGGUGGACAUGCGGAGGGCGGUCCGGCCUCCGUGGCCACCUCCAGCAGCCAGGGAGAAGCCAGCACAGGGGCUGUGGAUGCUGGUGACGAGGGUGCCACCCCCGCCGACAGGUGGGACAGGAGCGGAGUUUCCGCGGAUGACUUCACGCCCCCGGGCUCCGGGGCCUGCAAGUUCAUCGGCUCGCUUCACUCCUAUAGCUUCUCCUCCAAGCACGCCCGAGAGAGGCCGGCCAUCCCCCGGGAGCCUGUGGAGCGGAAGCGGCCGAGGAGAGACGCCGAGCCCGGCUGUAGCGGGAGCAGCCCCGGGCCCGAGAAGGGGCCAGCGCAGAGCCCUCCACGCGCCUGCCCCUCGGCGAGCUCCUCGCUCACCGCCACGCCACAGAAGCCGGCCCAGGGUGCCUCGGCGCCUCCCACCGACGUGACCCCAAAGCCUGCAGCCGAGGCCGUCCAGAGUGAGCACAGCGACGCCAGCCCCAUGUCCAUCAACGAGGUCAUCCUGUCGGCGUCAGGCGCCUGCAAGCUUAUCGACUCGCUGCACUCCUACUGCUUCUCCUCCCGCCAGAGCAAGAGCCAGGUGUGCUGCCUACGGGAGCAGGUGGAGAAGAAGAACGGCGAGCUGCGGACCCUGCGCCAGAGGGUCAGCCGCUCGGACAGCCAGGUGCGCGAGCUGCGCCAGAAGCUGGACCAGCUGCGGAGGCUGAGCCUCCCUCACCUGAGCAGCCUGCUGCCCCCUGGCCGCGAGCCCCCUAGGAUGAGCCCCGUGGUAGAGCCGCUGUCCUGGAUGCUGGGCACCUGGCUGUCAGAGCCGCCGGGAGCCGGGACCUUCCCGACGCUGCAGCCCUUCCGGUACCUGGAGGAGGCGCACAUCUCGCACGUGGGCCAGCCCAUGCUCAACUUCUCGUUCAGCGCCUUCCACCCGGACACGCACAAACCCAUGCACAGGGAGUGCGGCUUCAUCCGCCUGGAGCCCGAUACCAACAAGGUGGCCUUCGUCAGCGCCCAGAACACAGGCAUUGUGGAGGUAGAGGAAGGCGAGGUGAACGGGCAGGAGCUAUGCAUUGCGUCCCACUCCAUUGCCAGGAUCUCCUUUGCCAAGGAGCCCCACGUGGAGCAGAUUACCCGAAAAUUCAGGCUGAAUUCCGAAGGCAAACUUGAACAGACAGUCUCCAUGGCAACCACUACGCAGCCCAUGACUCAACAUCUGCACGUCACGUACAAGAAGGUGACCCCGUGACCCCAGGUGGCGCUGCCUGCAUGGGGACACUGCACCACAGGUGUGGGUGUGGCCACAGGUCGGUCACCCUGGGCUCAAGGGUGUGGCCACGUCUCUUGUAAUGGCAUAGAGAAACCAAAUAAAAGGCCUUUAUUUUUAUGGGUGAGCAUUUUCGA